GGUCCAUAAUGACUUCUAAUCAGCUGUCUAAUCACAAGCCUUACCCAAUGUGUAUUGUGGUUUGUCCCACAAUAAACUCUCUUACAAGCUGGUCAUGUAUCUGUCAUCUUGGCACCAUAUCUCUCAAUUUUGUCCGUGGAUUAUCAAGGGAAAUAGGCUUUUAUGGUGGCAUGUAGCAUUUUGAAAGCAACAAUAUGUAUAACAUCUACGUUCCCAAUCCUGUCUUGGUCAUAAUUGAUGUCGAGCCUAAGGAGAUGGGAAUUCCAACUAAAGCUUACUAUGCUGUUGAAGAGGUUAAAGAGAAUGCUACUCAGAAAAGCCAGAAGGUAUUUGUGCAUGUGCCUUCAGAAAUUGCCGCUCAUGAUGUUCAUAAAUUGCUGUUCUGUUGUUUGAUUCUCCUCUUGAGCUCCGUUCUGUUCCUCACUGUCACCAUGAGAUUGCCGAUCUUCAAGAAAAUCAAAGGUGUUUACUUGAAAGAAUUCUCUGCUGGAGAAGGUGUGAAUGGAGUUAACUUGUUGCUUGUACUUGAUAAGAUCUUGGUUCGUUUAGUGGAUAAAAUUCUAUUUUAG